CCUCAAAUAGAGCGUUAAGUCUGGCUGUAGCUUCGUUAUUCCCCCAUCGUGAAACUCUUACUCUCCCCCCUCACAACCCUGACCACCGAAUGAACCACCAUGCCUCAGAAGGAAUUCUGCCCUAAGAGCUAUCAAGAGACUCUGGAAGGCGCUCAGAGCCCCUCUUCCGUACAUCUUCGCUCAAGCCCAAAAGACCGAUCUUUCGACUUCCUGUUCGAGCCUAUCCGCGAGAACCUGUUCAGAGUCACCUUCUCCUCGCAAGAUCAUCCUCUUCCCCCGUAUCCCAGCGUGACCAGGCCGACCACGGACCUGAAUGGCGUCGAGGUAUCUGCAACAAGCGGUCCCAAUCAGAAGACCAUCGAAGUAGGCAAUGUGACAGCCUCCGUCCAGUGGACCAACACUCCCGUGGUCUCGCUAGCAUGGAAGGGCGCACAGGAGCCCUUGUAUCGGGAUCUGCCGUUGCGAUCCUACGUCGCAGACGCAACAGGCAUCGCGCACUACACCGAGCACGACCGAGAUGCGCUUCACGUCGGGCUGGGGGAGAAGAGAGCCCCGAUGGAUCUUAGCGGGCGUCAUUUCCAACUGUCAGCCACCGACAGCUUCGGGUACGAUGUCUACAACACCGAUCCCCUGUACAAGCAUAUUCCGCUCUUGAUCAAAGCGACCCCACAAGGAUGCGUGGCGAUCUUCUCCACCACACACGCCCGAGGAACCUGGUCGGUUGGUUCGGAAAUCGACGGCCUUUGGGGCCAUUUCAAAGUCUACCGCCAAGACUACGGCGGACUCGAACAGUAUCUCAUUGUCGGAAAGACCCUCAAGGAUGUCGUGAGGGCGUAUGCAGAGCUUGUCGGCCUCCCGAUCCUCGUGCCCAGAUGGGCAUACGGAUACAUCUCGGGCGGGUACAAGUACACCAUGAUGGACGAGCCGCCGGCUAACCAAGUCCUGAUGGAGUUUGCGGACAAGCUGGAAGAGCAUGGCAUCCCCUGCUCGGCGCACCAGAUGAGCUCCGGAUACUCGAUCGCGGAAACGGAGCCCAAAGUCCGCACUGUCUUCACCUGGAACAAGCAUCGCUUCCCAAACCCGGAAGAGUGGACUGCUAAAUACCACUCCCGCGGAAUUCGCCUUCUCUCGAACAUCAAGCCGUUCCUGCUUGCCUCCCACCCUAGUUAUCAGAAGCUGAUAGAGGGGAACGGGUUCUUCAAGAAUCCGGACAACGAUGAGCCAGGGUAUAUGCGCCUGUGGAGUGCGGGAGGCGCAACUGGGGGUGACGGCUGCCAUAUCGACUUCUCCUCAUCCGUUGCAUUCAAGUGGUGGUACGAUGGCGUCCAAAGCCUGAAACGUGCCGGAGUGGAUGCCAUGUGGAACGACAACAAUGAGUAUACGCUCCCAGAUGACGAUUGGAAACUAGCUCUCGAUGACCCGACUGUUUCCGAAGCCACCAAAAAGGAUGUCAAAAACUCCGUUGGACUCUGGGGUCGAGCAUUGCACACCGAACUCAUGGGCAAAGCCUCUCAUGACGCUCUUCUCGAUCUCGAACCUAAUCACAGGCCCUUCGUCCUGACCCGGAGUGCCACCGCAGGCACGAUGCGCUACGCUGCCAGCACCUGGAGUGGAGACAAUGUCACCAGCUGGGAAGGCAUGAAGGGGGCGAACGCUCUGUCCCUCAAUGCCGGCAUUUCUCUUUUGCAGUGUUGCGGUCACGAUAUUGGAGGCUUUGAAGGACCCCAGCCAUCUCCCGAACUGCUUCUCAGAUGGAUCCAGUUGGGUGUUCACUCCCCUCGAUUCGCGAUCAACUGCUUCAAGACCUCCCCGGGGAAUAGUUCAGUCGGAGAGGUCAUCGAACCGUGGAUGUACCCCGAAAUCACUCCCCUCGUCAGGGACACAAUCAAGCGUCGCUACGAGAUCCUUCCUUACAUAUACUCCCUGGGACUGGAGAGCCACCUGACCGCCUCCCCACCCCAACGCUGGGUCGGCUGGGGCUAUGAAUCCGACCCCGAGGUCUGGACCAAGGCUCUCAAGUCAGGGGAUGAGCAAUUCUGGUUCGGCGACACCAUCCUAGUCGGAGGUGUCUACCAGCCAGGUGUAAAUUUUGGCAAGAUAUAUCUCCCUCGGAAGGUGACCGACCAGUUCGAUUUCGGGUAUGUAAACAUGAACGAGCCCUACAACUAUCUCAGUUCCGGCCAAUGGGUGGAAAUUCCGUCUGAAUGGAAGAAGAGCAUUCCCCUCUUGGCCAGAAUCGGUGGUGCUAUCCCCGUCGGGAAGUCGGUCCAUACCAGGGUGCCUGACGAUGAGACUCCAGCGUCGGUAGGUGUGAAGGAAAUCGACGACUAUAGAGGUGUUGAGAUUUUCCCGCCUAGGGGCGACUCUCAUGGACGGGUCUUCACCACCACUUGGUUCGAGGAUGAUGGAAUCUCGCUUGAACCGAGCAUAUCUGGGUACAAGCUCAGCUAUAGCUCCACGACAGAGAAGGUCGUUGUUGGCUUUACCCGAGAUGAGAAAUCCGGGUUUGUUCCCGCGUGGAAAGAGCUGGAUCUCAUCCUGCAUAAUGGUGAUGAGAGACGGGUUGUUUCUGAUACUGGAAAGACGGUGGAGUACAAGGGGAAGGAUGCCAGGGGACGUGUGGUGUACACCCUGAAGAACUAGAUAGGAGGAUUCCUGUAUGCUCGUCAGCAUUGGAUGUUGGUAUUCGGAAA